AUGUGGCAGGGCAUCCAGGUGAUCACCAAAUACAGAACAACUCCACCUGCCUGUGACAGUGAUGCCUCCCUUCCAGAUGCUCUGAACAACUUCUACGUUCAGUUUGAGGCACAGAACAACAGUGAUCCAGGAAGAGUCGACCCACCAGAGGACUACGAUGAUGCCGUCACUGCUGGACCGAUCCCUGAUCACGUGGAUGAGGAUGAAGCUGAGAAUUAUGAUGACGCCAUUACAGCUGAUCAGAAGUCAGUUAUACUGACAGAGGACGUGUCCGAGAACUAUGAUGAUGCAGUCGAUGCUGCAGUGGUGUGUAGAGAGCUGCGCUGUGGGGAGGCUGUAAACGCACCACAAUAUGGUCACUUUGGACCAGGAUCAGGACCAAUCUGGAUGGUUGGUGUGAACUGUAGAGGAUCAGAGUCGACACUGAAGGACUGUGGGUCAUGGGGGAGAGGGGAGAGUUACUGUAAUCAUGGUCAUGAUGCUGGAGUCACCUGCUCAGGUCAGAAUGUGAGACUCACUGCUGGUCCUCACCAGUGCUCUGGGAGAGUGGAGGUGUUUCAUGGAGGUUCCUGGUCCACAGUGUGUGAUGCUGACUUUGACCAGCAGGAUGCAGAGGUUGUGUGUCGAGAGCUGGACUGUGGGAUUCCUGUGGAGGUUCUGGGAUCAGCUGCUUUUGGACGAGGGGAGGGUCAGGUGUGGACAGAGGAGCUUCAGUGUAGAGGAACUGAAUCUGACAUUACCUUCUGUCCAACAUCAUCUUCACUCAAACACUCACACUGUUCCCAUGACAACGAUGUGGGAUUAAUAUGUUCUGGUCACACAGAGGCGCGGCUGGUGAACGGACCGGACUCCUGUUCUGGUCGAGUGGAGCUCCAGUACCUCUUGCCUUGGGGAACAGUGUGUGAUGAUUACUUUGAUAUUAAAGAAGCUGCAGUGGUGUGUAGAGAGCUGCGCUGUGGUGAGGCUGUAAAUGUGAGGUAUGUUGCUCACUUUGGACGAGGAUCAGGACCAAUCUGGGUGAAUUAUGUGAACUGUAGUGGAUCAGAGUCGACACUGAAGGACUGUGGGUGUGUGUGUGUGUGUAAUAAAGACCCCCGCUCCAUCAGGUUGGUUGGUUCUGGGGGAGACUGUGCAGGAAGGCUGGAGGUUUUCCACAGCGGCUCGUGGGGGACAGUGUGUGAUGACUCGUGGGAUAUUGAGGAUGCCCAGGUGGUGUGCAGACAGCUGCAGUGUGGAGUGGCCCUCAGUACCCACAUACCAGCCUGGUUUGGUCCUGGAACUGGGUCCAUAUGGCUGAAUGAGGUGGAGUGUGAGGGGAACGAGACGUCCCUGUGGAACUGCAGAUUUCAGCUGUGUGAAGAGGGUGAAUGUGGACACCAUGAGGACGUAGGAGUCGUCUGCUCAGAGUUUAAAGAGAUCCGACUCUCAGAGGGCUGUGAGGGGAAUCUGGAAGUGUUCUACAAUGGAACCUGGGGUAAUGUGUGUUACAAUCAGAUGGAUGAUGAGACGGUAAACAUGGUGUGUCGAGAGCUGAACUGUGGAAGACGAGGCAGUCUGUCAAACACUGAAGCACGAGUAAAAUCUGCUCCUAAUUGGCUGGAUGAACUGAAAUGUAGGAAACACGACUCUAAUCUGUGGCAGUGUCCAUCUUCACCCUGGGGACAGAACAGAUGUGAUAAUCGUGAUGAAGUGGCUCGUAUUACCUGCACAGGUAAAGAAGAUGGAACGUCUCUACGUACUCAUGGGACAUGUUCAUCAUUUCCUCUUCAGAAAUACUGCUCAAAGCACUGGUCUCUCAGGCUGAGUGGAGGAAAGGGAAGCUGCUCUGGGAGGUUGGAGGUGUAUCAUAACUCUACGUGGGGCUCCGUUUGUGAUGAUCGGUGGAACAUCAGGAACGCUCAGGUGGUGUGCAGACAGCUGGGCUGUGGGUCGGCGCUGAGUGCUGAUAGGAAUGUUUGGUUGGGUUCUGGUGAAGGGACUAUCUGGAUGAACAGAGUGAAGUGUCGAGGGGAUGAGAUUCACCUGUGGGACUGUCAUCAUUCCCUGAAGAACCACACUGACUGCUCUCAUGCUGGAGUCACCUGUGCAGGUCAGAGGGGUGUGCUAACUUUUCAGCUUUCUGUCUCAGUGAUAAGACUUGAUAACUUUUAUUUAGAAUCUUAGAUGUUUGAUUGAAAGCUCAGACCCUAAACUGUAAAACACUGAUCAGCAUGUCAUAAACCUUA